AGUUGCGAUCCUGCUUCCUGCUGGCAAAUGAUGCUAGUCCCACCGGAGAUGAUCGCCGUGCAGUCGAAGCUGAUCUAUCAGAUGAACAAGUACUGCGCCGACCGGGUGCAGGCGCGCAAGGCGCAGAUCCACAAGACCAUCCAGGAGGUGUGCCGGGUCGUGCAGGACGUGCUGAAGGAGGUGGAGGUGCAGGAGCCGCGGUUCAUCUCGUCGCUGAACGACUACAAUGGGCGGUACGACGGGCUGGAGGUCGUGUCGCCGACGGAGUUCGAGAUCAUCAUCUACCUCAACCAGAUGGGCGUCCUGAACUUCGUCGACGACGGUACGCUGCCCGGGUGCGCGGUGCUGAAGCUGAGCGACGGCCGGAAACGCUCGAUGUCGCUGUGGGUGGAGUUCAUCACCGCGUCCGGGUACCUGUCGGCGCGCAAGAUCCGGUCCCGCUUCCAGACGCUCGUCGCCCAAGCCUGUGAUAAGUGCUCGUACCGCGACUCGGUCAAGAUGAUCGCCGACACGACCGAGGUGAAGCUGCGGAUCCGCGAGCGCAUCAUCGUGCAGAUUACGCCCGCCUUCAAGUGCGCCGGCCUCUGGCCCCGGUCCGCCUCGCACUGGCCCCUGCCGCAGAUCCCGUGGCCGCACCCGAACAUCGUGUCCGAGGUGAAGACCGAGGGCUUCGACAUGCUGUCCAAGGAGUGCAUCGCCCUGCAGGGCAAGAACUCGGCCAUGGAGGGCGACGCCUGGGUGCUCAGCUUCACCGAGGCCGAGAACAAGCUGCUGCAAGGAGGCUGCCGGAGACGGUGUCUCAGCAUACUGAAGACGCUGCGGGACCGGCACCUGGACCUGCCGGGCAACCCGGUGACGUCGUACGUGAUGAAGACGCUGCUGCUGUACGAGUGCGAGAAGCACCCGCGCGAGAUGGAGUGGGACGAGAGCUGCAUGGGCGACCGGAUCAACGGUAUCUUCCUGCAGCUCAUCUCGUGCCUGCAGUGCCGCCGAUGCCCGCACUACUUCCUCCCGAAUAUGGACCUGUUCAAGGGCAAAUCGCCCGGCGCCCUCGAGAACGCCUCCAAGCAGGUGUGGCGGCUCACGCGGAUCAUGCUCACGAACUCGCGCUGCCUCGAGGAACUGUAAGGCUCGCCGCGGCCGAGGCGAGGUGUGUAGACUGAACCUCCCCCCCGAAAGGCCACUAGGGCCACUAGGGCCACUGUUACUACGAUUUCCUAUUCCAAAACCGCCCCGGGCUGCCUGACAGCAGCCCCAUUUACUACUCUAACUAGCUACUGGCUCCUACUACUCUAGUACUAAAUUAUUCAAAACGUGCAAAAGAAAACAAAACCAUUACUAAUAAUACUAGGAUCUAAGGUCUACUACUAGGGGGAGAGCAUUCGGAGCCACUCUAUCCUCCAGCUCCGGCUCUCCAGGUCGAAAUUAGUGGCACUCUAAUGUGGCACGAAUGCAUUCAAUGCAGAGGAGAAACAACCAAACACGGCACCUGCGGCACCACUUGAGGUCCGUUUUACUGAGGACGUUCGAGGAUAGGUUGGGUCAUUCGGACUAAACUGCGCUCUGCUGAACUGAGUCGGGCCAAGCCGUGCGCGGCAGCAACAGAGAGCAUACACAUACGUAUACGGAGCACUAAUCGAAACUUCAUACUUCAUAGAACGACGAAUCUAAUCAGGUCGAGGGGGUUCGGCCCAGCGGCCCAAGUCAAGUCUGGACCGAGUGAGUAGUGCUAUUAGUUUUUAGUAACGUAACUGAUCCAAUAGAGCCGCGCCAACUAGUUUCGCCGGCCGGCGGAAAGAAAGUGCGGAAGAAGACGAAAAACACUAGCGCUGAA